CGUCAACUCUUGUCAUCCAGCUUGCCUCCUCCAAAUAUUCUUACACCAGAGGAUUUUGCCUCUCUUUCUCUCUCUGUCUGUCUCUCUCUAUUUAUAAAUUGUGAAGCCCAUCUUCAGCUACAAAUUCUAUUACUUUUGAUUUAAUUAAGGGAAGUGGAAUAACCAACAAAAAGAUAAAAAAGACACAGAGAGAGAAAUAUAGAGGAUGAGCUCAUCCUCUGUUUCCAUUUCCAUUAUUCCUCUUCUUAGAUCUUAGUAUUCUCUCAUUUCCUCAUCCGAUGUUUGUUGGGUCAUUAGGAAUUCUUGGUUGUGGUCUGAUUGCUGCACAAGGAUCCGAUGCUACCAAAUCGAUUGUGAUAAUACCCACUUCGUGUUUUGAUCGGAGCACCAACCCGGAUAUCUGAAUUUCCAUUGAAGAUGGAAUCAGAUCUUGGAAAGCUCUUCAUUGGUGGUAUUUCUUGGGACACAGAUGAAGAACGUCUUAAAGACUAUUUUAGGAUAUACGGGGAGGUGGUUGAGGCCGUGAUCAUGAGAGAUCGUGCCACCGGUCGUGCUCGUGGCUUUGGUUUCGUAGUCUUUGCGGAUCCUGUUGUUGCAGAAAGAGUCAUCAUGGAUAAGCACGUGAUUGAUGGUCGCACAGUUGAAGCAAAGAAGGCUGUUCCUAAGGAUGAUCAGCACAUUUUAAAUAGAAACACUGGUAGUUUUCAUGGUUCUCCAGGUCCUGGACGUACAAAAAAGGUUUUUGUUGGAGGUUUAGCAUCUACUGUCACAGAGAGCGACUUUAAGAGAUACUUUGAUCAGUUUGGUACAAUUACUGAUGUUGUAGUUAUGUAUGAUCACAACACCCAAAGGCCAAGAGGCUUUGGCUUCAUCACCUAUGAUUCUGAGGAUGCAGUGGAUAGAGUGCUGCAUAAGCAAUUUCAUGAACUGAAUGGUAAGAUGGUUGAGGUCAAGAGGGCGGUCCCCAAAGAGCUAUCCCCAGGGUCCAGCCGAAGCCCUCUUAUGGGAUAUAACUAUGGUUUGAAUAGGGCCAAUAGUUUCCUUAACAGUUAUUAUAAUGUGAGCCCAGUUGGAGGUUACGGAGUCAGGAUGGAUGGUAGGCUUAAUCAAGUUGCUAGUAGUCGAAGUGGGUUUUCCCCAUUUGGUACAACUGGUUAUGGAAUGGGUUUGAAUUUGGAGCCAGGGCUGAGCUCAAGCUAUGGUGGCAAUUCCAACUUUGGUAAUGGUCUUGGAUAUGCACGGAUGUUGAGUCCUUAUUAUAGUGGCAAUUCAAACAGGUAUAGUACUCCUAUUGGGUAUAGUGGGGGUAAUGGAAGAAACAAUUCUCUUUUAAACUCAACCACUCGGAAUGUCUGGGGAAAUGGGGGUCUUAGCAAUGCUGCAAACCCUUCCAGCCCUGGUACUUACUUGGGCUCUGGAAGUGGGGCUUUUGGAGUUUUUGGGAAUGGCAGUGCAAACUGGGGCCCUUCCCUCGUUUCCACCCAUGGUGGAGGGAGUCCUCCUAGUUAUACUAGUGGGAGUAUUGGUUAUGGCAGUGGAGACAACAGCUUUGGGUUGGGAGGGGGAACGUAUGGAAGAAACAGUGGCUCUGGUGUAGCACAAUCAUCAACAUUCGCUGCACCAACUGGAGUCUAUGAGGGGUCAUAUGGUGAUUUGUAUGGUAGUGGUUCAGUUUAUGGUGAUUCAACUUGGCGGUCUGCCACUCCUGAGCUAGAUGGGUCUGCCUCAUUUGGUUAUGGGCUUGGCAAUAUAUCUUCAGAUGUCCCCACCCAAAGUUCUGAGGGUUAUAUUGGAAGUUACAAUGUUACAAGUAGACAACCAAAUAGAGGAAUUGCCACAUAGGAGAUUUGUUAUUUGGACAGUGCAUUGUAAUGGUAGGUGAAGAGAAUAUGAUCAAACAGGUGAAGGAUUGUGAAUUUCAUACAUCCCCCUUUUUAAGAUAAUUUAGCUUACAAGGAAGUUGAUCGUAUAAAGCUAACGAGGAUCCUUGAUUUGAGUAUACUUAUUCAGAGAGAAAGCAGUUGCAAGGUAUUUUGUGUAAGGUUUGGGAUUUCUUUCUUCUUUCUUCAGAACUUAGGUUCCUUUCAUGGAAUUUGGUUGAGGUGUAAAAUCAGAUUGCGGGAUAUAUACUCUGGAAAAUUGGUUCCAAUUAAUGUAUCGUGCAUCUCUGAUGAGGCACGCCAGCGGUAUUGUGUUAAGAAAAAAUAGAGUAUUGAUUUUUAUUUUAUUUUUCCUUUUUAACCGGUGUAAUGCCUGGCAAAGUUGCUGGCUUUUGUCAUGUCUUCCUUUGUUGGGAUUUGUUUCUCUCAGUUUGUACGUAAGGUUCAGUUUGAUUUACUAGUGUGAAACAUUAGAGGGAUGCCCUUCUAGGAUCCCAUCAAAUAAGUUACUGAACAUUUCGAUUCAUUUUUUAAUUGGACAUUUACACAAAAGUUUAUACCUGAAAUGCCAAUGAAAUGAAUGCUUGAUUUCA